UGCGGGUCGGGUGGCUCCGGCGCCGCCGAGUUCCCCGCUCGGCGUUAUAGCGAGGGAAACGCCGCCCUCCAAGCGAAGUUCUCUCUCUUUCUCCUCCUCCUCUUGUUCCUCCCGCUUUCCCGGUGGGAGACGCUGCGCCCCGCCUCCCCGCGCUCGGCCCGACGCUUCGGCCCGCGCCGGCUCCUCCCCGUCUUGUUGCCGUGCGCCUCGGGUGGGUGGCUGGCCAGGCAAGCUGCGGAGCGGCGUCCGGAUACGGACGGGGCGGAUGACCGACGACGGGGACUCAACUAGCAGCCAUGGCGUCCCUCCAGGUGGAGCUCGACAAUGUCACUCUCAGUGCGGCCCCAGCGGCGCAGCCUGGUGGUCAGGAUCAAUAGGAGCCAAUCGUUCGCUGGCGUCAACUCCACUCAGGACAAAUCUUUCAGGAAUUUCCCUGCCUUCAGCACCCCAACGGUCUCCAGGAAGUCUGGCUCCAGGGUCAGUAGGAUGUUUUCAAUGUCCCACAAAUCCCCUCCACCCAAGGUGCCCCAGCCGGAGCGACUCGACGAAGUGUACGAAGCACUGAAGAAGGGACUGACUGCUUAUCUGGAGGUGCACCAGCUGGAGCUGGAGAAGCUGAGCAUCCAAAUCCGCGAGUCCAAGAGGAAUUCUCGACUGGGCUUUCUGUACGAUCUUGAUAAGCAAGUCAAGUCAAUUGAGCGGUUUCUGCGCCGUCUGGAGUUUCACGCUAGCAAGAUAGAUGAGCUUUACGAGGCCUACUGCAUCCAGCGGCGGCUUCGGGAUGGAGCCCACAACAUGGUCAAGGCCUACACAGCUGGUUCACCUGGCAGCAAGGAGGCACGCGAGAGCUUGGCUGAAGCUAGCAAGGGCUACAAAGAGUACACAGAGAAUAUGUGUCUGUUGGAGAGUGAACUAGAGAGUCAGUUGGGAGAGUUCCACAUCAAGAUGAAAGGAUUGGCUGGCUUUGCUAGGCUCUGUGCUGGAGACCAAUAUGAGAUCUUCAUGAGAUACGGGCGCCAGCGGUGGAAGCUGCGGGGCCGCAUUGAGGCAAACAGCAAGCAAGUGUGGGACAGUGAGGAGAUGAUCUUCCUGCCCCUCAUUACAGAGUUCCUGUCCAUCAAGGUAACAGAGCUGAAGAGCUUGGCCAGUCAUGUGGUGGUGGGGAACGUCUCUUGUGAAACCAAGGACCUGUUUGCAGCACUGCCCCAGGUCGUGGCAGUAGAUAUCAAUGACCUGGGCACCAUCAAGCUGAGCCUGGAGGUUAAUUGGAACCCCUUUGACAAAGAGGACCAACCAUCGUCUGCUAGCACUGUGACAAAGACAUCAACAGUCAAUAAGAGAUUUUCCACGUACAACCAGAGCCCACCUGAUACACCAUCUAUGCGUGAACAGGCUUUUUAUAACAUGUUGCGGCAGCAGGAGGAGCUUGAGAAUGGGGCAGCCUGGUCCAUCUCUUCAGAGUCUUCGGAUGAUUCCUCUAGCCCACAGCUGUCUGGAAGUGCACGCCAUACACUGCCCAGGCCUAUUGUGCAACCUGCAGUACAGGCAACUCCGCCUGCCAUAGAAAUUGCCUUUACGCAACCUGAGGACAAAGAGCCACCAGCCGUUCGCGAGGAGGUGGCUGUGGCUAACGGACAUGUGCCCUAUGCUCGGACUCUUAGUCAGAUCAGCGAGGCUAGUGUGGACCUGCCAGUGGCAGAGGACAAGGAGUGCACUGUCCCCAGAGACUCCAGUCCCAGGGACCUGCCUCCGCUGGAAACGAACUCCUUGCCCCAAAGUGCAGGCUCAGUGCUGGACACUCAGAUCAUAGAGGCUGGAGAACAGGAGAUUGAGCCUGAUGGGGCCACUCCCACUGUAGAAGGGAGUGAGGACACAGCCUCCCAAGCCCAAGAGGUUGAACAGCCCAAGCUUUCAUUGAGCCUGCUGGUCCCAAAGGAGCUUCAGCCAGUGGGACUCUUGGAGCCACCAAAGCCCAAGCCUGUGGACUGUGGGCUGGAGGAGGCCAUCAACUCACUGGCCUCUGCUCUAGAUGACUACCGAGGCCAGUUCCCUGAGCUACAGACCUUGGAGCAGGAGCUCAAGCACCUAGAGGAGAUUCUCUUGCAAAAGCAGGGUGUGUGCCUGAGCCGGGCCUCCAGCACCAGCCUGACAGUAGAGCAUGCUCUGGAGAGUUUCAGCUUCCUCAAUGCUUCUGAUACAGAAGAUUCAGAUGAUGACGGGAAGGCUAGCAGUGCACAGCCUGCACCCCUGGGCAGGGUACCGGGACCCAGCGAGGCUGUUACUGAAGACACAGCUGGGUGCUUAAGCUCAGAGGGUGGCUCAGAGCCCAUGAGCACUGGCAACGAGUUCCUCGACAGGGCCUUGGUCCUACACCUGAACCAUUGCAAUCGCUUGCUGCUGAAACUGGGCACUUUUGGGCCCCUCCGCUGCCGGGAAAUGUAUGCACUUGACAGGCUGGCAAGGGAAGCACAAGUCCUGGAGAUGGUCUGCCGCUUAGCAGAGGAGCGAGCAGGGACAGCCAGCUCUGCUGAGGAAGUGGUAGAGUUUUCUUCAUGGAAGGAGGGAGUAUUGCUCUUCUGGGACAACUGUGUGGUCAUGCCUAAUCUAUACACCUGCCCUGUAGAAAAAUUCCUGCAGACAAUCAAUUCCCAGUAUGCGGCACGAAUCAACGAACGCCAGCAAGGCCUGGCAGAUCCAGUGUGUGUGAAGCUGGUGGAGGAGUUUCUGCAGCGUAGACUGCCCAGGCGCCAGGGGAGCUGCCAGGCUGAGCAGAUCACUGUUUUCCAAUACUGGAGCCACUUUGAGGCUCUGCCUGUCUUGACACUGGACUCUUACAUCAUGGAGCUGGCAGAGGAAGUGCUGCUAGCACAGAACCUGAAUUCUGAUGACCAAGACGUGGUCCUGAAGGCCCUGAAGCGCGUUCCUGAGAGCCGGCUUCGUAAGGAUGGGCUGAAAGCCUUAAGCCUGCUUCUUGUCGAAGGAAACAGCAAGGUUGUCGGGGCCGUGUCAGCACAGUUGCGCAACCUUUCAGAGAACCCUGGCUUCCGGGAACGGGCCCUGGUCUGUUACCUUGAACAGCUGGAGGAUGAAGAGGUGCAAACACGGAUUGCAGCCUGCGCAGCUCUGGGCUGCCUUAAGGCCAAGGAGAGUAUUGAGCAGCUGGUGUACUUGUGCCAAACGGACAAAGAGGCCGUACGAGAGGCAGCCAAACAGAGCCUAAUGCUGUGUGGAGAAGAUGGGAAAUCUGCUCAUCGACGUCUAGAAGAGUCUCUUGACAGUUUGCCCCGAAUCUUUGCCCCGGGGAGCAUGGCCAGCACUGCGUUCUGAAGGGUGCCACACAAACUGACCAGCCAGAUUCUUUUGGGACCCAGACUUUGCAUGCCACAGAACUUCAACCAAGUCACACAGACUGGGGUCAGACUAGUGUGCCAUAGACUGGGCAGCUCUUUGCCCCUAAGCGCAUGCACACACUGCAGUAUUAGCAUCACCCACACACUGUCUUAUGUGGAGGAUGCCUUUUCCUAGCCCCAAUGGCUGCUUCACUCAUGGAACUAACAUGAGUACAAGACACUGAGAGAUCUGCUUGUUUCCUUUCCUACAGGAGCCCACGGGGCUGAGGGAUUGAGUAUGGCUCUCUGCCAUUUGCCAGGAUCAACAUGCCACAUUUUGGAGAAAAACAACAGCUGAACAUUAUGGCCAUGGCAGAAAGUCUCAGUUGCUAAAGCCAUCUCCCAUUUGAAACAAACUUGGAAGAAUUUUUGUGUGUUCUUGAAGUCCCACUUAGUGUUCAACUUGUUCUUAGCUUGCCCAUGUCCUCCACCCUCUGGGGCUGUGAAUACUGCAGGAAAUUGGGACCAGGUAUAUUCUGCUACUGAGGAGCUGCAAACUCUUCUCUCGGUUCUGAGAGGUGGGGGGAAAGAAAGUGCACAACAAUUACAGGAGAGAGUUUCCCACCUCCCAGUGGAGGAGGAAGAAAGGACAGAUUGUUUUUAACAGUGGUGCUGUGGCAGAUGGAAGCAACAUGGAUAGACAAACGCUGCCACUUCUUUGGCUAUUUUAUUAUUUUUAUUUACACAUUUUUUGGGGGGGGGAGGUUGCAGACAAAAGCAAAAAGUCUUUUCUAUAAAAUCGCUAUAAUUUUAUCUGUAUAUCUACAUAGAUAUAUAAAUAUAUAUAAUGUAAUUAUCAAGAGGUUUGGCUAAUUUUGACUUUAAGCCUGAAAUAAAAAGAAGUUUGAGCAAGUGA